AUGUCUCACAUUUCUAUCGCUGAACGCGACGACUCCGGACGAUUGCUUGCCACGUACUUGUGUGCUGCUGGGGAGCAUACACGCUCUGAUACUCCUUCAUUUUCCAUCAAGCAGAAACGAACGGACUGGCGGCGGCUAUUGAGCAACGUCUUCCUUCCAGCUGGGUAUCCAGCUAGUGUCUCCCCAGAUUAUCUGCAAUACCAAAUUUACAACGCGUUACAGGCAUUCUGCAGCUCGCUUGCCAGCUUGAUUGCGUCUAGGGCCGUUCUAGAAGGGCAUGGUGUCGGCAACGCAGACGCGUCCGCUACGCAUGCCAUUUUCCUCACAGUGCUACAAGAUAUUUUCAGUCGUCUCACCACUAUUGUGUCCGGAUACUAUCUCGGAACAUCACUCUUCCCUGAGGCGAAGACGUAUCGUCUCCUCGCAGAUAUCUUCAAUGACGCAGCCAUCGUCCUCGACACGCUCUCUCCCCACUUAGAUGGUGUCGUCCUCAGUCUUCGAUAUCCGUUCGUAUUAUCCGGCUCUGGAUCGUCUCUUCGCGUGUCCGCAUUAUGCCUGAGUGGCGCAUCCCGUGCCCUGUGUGGGAUGGUUGCCGGCGGCUCAAAAGCGGCGCUGACAGUGCACUUCGCAAGUCCUGGGCAAGGUACUGGAGAUGUGGGCGAUCUGAAUGCUAAAGAUGGUAGCAAAGAGACUGUGCUUGCGCUGUUGGGCAUGCUCAGUGGAACCGCGGUCAUGCACUACGUGCAUAGCGCGCGUGCUACAUACUUGGUUCUCUUCGUGCUGACCUUUUUGCAUCUGUUUGGAAACUACCUUGCCGUCCGGGUAGUCGUCCUUCGCUCUCUCAAUCGACAGAGAGCAAAUAUUGUCUGGAUGGCCUAUCGUGCGCAUAUAAAGGGUCCGAUGGGUGGCAAAAGACCACUCGUGUUGACUCCAGAGGCGGUGGCGGCUCGAGAGCGUAUCUUUGCCAACCCUUCUGCGCUGCACGAUACAUCUUCGCCCGCCCACCCGUUCCUCGGCAUCUGUAAGGUCGGGUCUUCGUUCUCCUCUCUCGCUUCCCGCCAACAGUCUGCGCCGCGCGGCGCGUUAGCUGCGCCUUCUCCACCCCAGAUCCACACCAUCCUGGAGAUCUUCUCCGAGGAGCCGUAUGUCCUCUGGUUCGGCCCGACGUCGGGGCCGUCCUGCCGUCUUCAUGUGUUCCUAAAGGAUGGACACAAGCCGCGUGACCACCUCAAGGCGUGGACACACGCUCAGGAAGCGGCGAUCAUGCUCAACGGUCGUCAGCCUGGAAGCUUUGAGGUCGCCCUGGCGGCUGUACAAACGUCGUAUGCGCUCGUGGAAGACCUAUUCCCGCCGUUUCUUGACGCCGUUCGAGGAGUGGGGUGGAGAAUCGAUGAAGGUGGCAUACUUGCCGGUUCACCACGGACGAUAUCAGUCAAGGUCCACGACAUGUCCGCGGAUAGUGUGUCAGUGUUCGAAGAUAAAAAGACGAUUUGA